AUGAUGACAACGACAACGAUUGGACUUACCCAGAAAAAAAGAGCAUUGUUUCAGUUUCCAAGACAAUUGGGAAAAAACCUAAAAAAGAAAAAGGCAGCAGCAACAAUGGCUCAACGCGUAAGAACAAAACCAACAAGGCAAAAAACGGUAAGAAAUGAAGUAUGUAAAACCAUUACAAAUUCUUUUCUUUUUUUCCUUUUUCCUUUUCCCUUUUUCUCCCUCCCUUCUCUCUCUUUUUUCUCCCUCCCUUCUCUCUCUUUUUUCUCCCUCCCUUCUCUCUCUUUUUUCUCCCUCCCUUCUCUCUCUUUUUUCUCUCUCUCCCUUCUCUCUCUUUUUUCUCUCUCUCCCUUCUCUCUCUUUUUUCUCUCUCUCCCUUCUCUCUCUCUUCUUCUCUCUCCCUUCUCUCUCUUCUCUCUCUCUUCUUCUCUCUCUCUCUUUCUCUCUUUUCUCUUUCUCCUCUCUCCUCUCUUUCACUUCUCUCUCUUUCACUUCUCUCUCUUUCACUUCUCUCUCUUUCACUUCUCUCUCUUUCUACUCUUUCUCCUCUCUCUUUCUCUCCCUUAUUUUCUCUCUUUUUUUAAUCUCUCUCUUUCUCCCUCUCUUUCUCUCUCUCUGGUUGGAAAAAAAUUUCUUGCUGUUUGCGAAGGUUCACCUGAUAGUAUAACAAAUUAUGAAAAUAUGUCUCUUGAAGAGCGACAGAAUAUUCUUGCAACAUGUUGUGGAGUCAUAUCAGAACACACAAAGAAAAUGUGUACUCGUAGCUUUCGUUGCCCUCAGCACAAUGAUGAACAGAGGCGGACAGUCCGACAAUUCUUGCUCAACAAUGACAACGCCACAGCACAUGACCAUGCUGUGGAAGCAGAUGAUGUUCAGGUCGACAUAGACAGUUUUGAAGAUGGAGAUGUACAGACUCUACGAGACUCUUUACAUUGGGAAGCAUCACCUCCAGUUGAUUCCACAUCAUCCAGUAAUGGUUCUCGUAAACGUGGCGGUCCAAGCAAGCCAUUAAAGGCCUCAGUCACCAAAAAGAAGAAAGUAGUUAAGCAAACAACUCCAACCUCGACCCCAACAGCCAGUAGCAACCAUCCCUCCAACAAUCCUGUUGGUGCCAGCUUAUAUGACUUUGUAUGA